UUAACCAUUAAUCCACCAAAGGAGUACAAGUACGCAGUUUUUCCACCCAAUUUAAACUCCUCUCACAGCUCUCAACGGGAACGCACACAUAAUUUGGAGAAGGGACUCAUGGCUGACAGAGGAGCUAUACCAAUGCUCAUCAUAGCUCUCAUAUUGGUGAUGCGUCACACAUUUGCACCAUGCUCUGGGGCAAAUGUUAAAAUUGGUGUCCCUGAAAACUACGAUGGUAUUUUCCCAUGGUAUCUAGCCAAGCUCCAUAGCCUGCCAGGUAAUUACAGUGACCUGGUGGUAACGGGGGAUGAUGAGGGGAUAUUCGGAGUCGAUGCUCAGUUUCUGUAUGCUCUAAAACCACUGGACAGAGAAAAACAGCCGUCUUACUCUUUACAGGUGUCCUUCAGAACAUCAGUGCACCGUCAGAGCUUCACUGUCGAAGUGUGUGUCAUCGACAAGAACGACAAUGUGCCCACUUUCAUAGAGGAGAGCAUGAGGGGCAGCGUGCAGCUCGGGCUUCUCAAAGGGAUCCCAUUCAUGCAGGUGGAGGCGCUGGAUCGUGAUGACCGCAACACUGCCCAUGCUGAGCUGCGGUUUAGCCUCUUGGAACAGACACCCAGGAUUCCCUCCAGCCAAAUGUUCUUCAUCGACUCCAUCACUGGAGAGGUUUCCCUCACUGAGGAAGGAGCCUCUACUCUGGACCCAGAGAUGUGCGGCCGUUAUAAGCUCUCAGUGAUGGUGAAGGACAUGGCUGGGAAGGCGAAUGCUUUCUUCACCACCGGCAUCGUUACUGUUGAGGUGACUGGGAACACAUGGGCAUCGCCUGACCCUGUGCGACUUCAGGAGAACCUCCCAGGCCCCUAUCCCAUCCCUAUCUCACAGGUCAAAUGGAGUGGAAGUCAGGCAGAGUACAGUCUGGAGGGGGAGUUUCCAGAGAUGCUCUUCACCAUCAGCAGAGAAGGAGUCAUUUAUCUCAAUGCUCCUCUGGACAGAGAGACACAAGACCAGUUCCAGAUCAGCAUUGUGGUUGAGCGUCCAGAUGGCAGAGAGAUUGCCAAGCCUGUGGAGUUGAGGGUGAUGGUGGGCGACGCCAAUGAUAACAGACCCACCUUUCCACAGGCACAGUACCAUACUGUGGUCAAGGAACUGGCUGCUCGAGGGACAGAAAUCCUGACAGUGCAAGCAGCCGAUAACGAUGAUCCCAAGACGGACAAUGUGCGGAUCUUCUACCGUUUAGUCGGACAAAUUCCAGAGAGUCCUCGUGCCCUCUUCAGAGUGGACCGUGACUCAGGGGUCAUCUCCGUCCAAGCAGAUAGUAUGGAGGGCACAGCACCUCAGUAUACCCUCACCAUCACUGCUGAGGAUGCCAAAGGUCUAAACAGUUCCUGCACUGUGGUUGUGACGGUACAGGAUGAGAAUAACAACCCACCAGUCUUCUCCCAACAUGAGUACGGGCCCUUUCACAUCCCAGAGAACGCUCCAGUGGGCACCACAGUAACAGCUGUGCUGGCAGGGGAUGCAGAUGUUCGAGGAGGAGACAGCUGGCAGGUGGACUACCAUUUAGAGUCUGGAAAUGAGGAGGAGGUCUUUACAUUAGUGACAGACAAGCAGACCAAUGAGGUCUCACUCAUCCUUUCAAAGGUCUUGGACUUUGAGCGUGAGAGUGAGUACAUCCUCGUGCUCAGUGCUCAGAACCCAGUGGCUCUGGUCCGUGGCCGAUACGGACCUGCAUCCACAGCAACAGUCUCCAUCUAUGUUGACGAUGUGAAUGAAGGUCCAAUCCUGUCUCAAAGCCAUUAUGAGGUGACUGUCAGAGAGGGCGAAGAACCAGGACGGGUUAUCGCCACCAUCCGAGGUUACGACCCUGAUUCUCACCCAAUCAGAUAUUCUCUUCAAGGGGACACCAAGAAAUACUUUUCAAUAGGGAAGUAUUCUGGUGAACUAAAGACUGUGCAGGCCCUGGACAGAGAGGAGAACAGCACGUAUACCAUGGAGGUCAUUGCAGUGGAUGGACGAAACUCUUCCUUAUCUGCAUCCACCCUGGUGACCGUACAAAUCCUGGAUGUGAAUGACAACAGUCCAGUGCUGGUCGGAGACUAUUCCUGGAAGUACCUGUGUACGCCUCGCUGGGAGGACCAAGCUCUGGUGCUGGCCUCACGGGACAGUGACGGGCCACAACAUGGAGGACGACUCAACUUCUCCCUGCGCAGUGAUGCCACAGUCCGACGUAACUGGAAGCUAACACCUAUUAAUGAUACUCACACCAACCUUUCCUUAAACAUCCCGUACCUGGCCCCUGAGGUCUACACUGUGCCCUUCACCAUCUCUGACAGCAGCUCUCCUCCCAGGAGCACCUUCAUAAACUUGCCAGUGACGGUGUGUCCCUGCAACGUCAGAGGGAACUGCAAAAUGGCUGCCAAGCAGCUGCAGGGCAUGCCAACUAUUCAGUCUGCAGUGGGCAUUCUGCUUGGCACCUUUGUAGUCAUAGGAACUAUCCUCAUUGUUGUAUUUGUGAGACUCUCCUACCAGAACCCCAAACGGCCAAGCAAAACUAACCAGGAGAGAGUUCCCCUGAAGAUUUCAAUCAAUUAGGAUGAUACUGUAUUAUCUGUCCUGCUUACUGCCCUGGCCAACUGGACCAAUGUAACAAUGUUGUUUUCAGGGCACUGAAUUCAUUAAGUGACCGUGAAUGUCUAAAAAUGAAUGUAUAUUUCAGUUAUUGGAUCAAAGUUCAGAUGUACACUAGCCUCAAAGCAAAAUUACAUGAUACGUUAGAUUAGUCAAGAUGUCUAAUGUGUGGUAAGUGCUUAGGCCUGUGCCUCGGACAUGAUGUUGACUUGUGUUUUAAGUUUGUCAUUUUUUAUUGCUAUAAACCUGUUAAUUUGUUCCAAAAUGGUGCAUAUUUACUACAACAGAGUAUCAGGGAAAUGGUUAGGGGAAAAUAUUGAGAGAUUUCGGGAAUAAAUUCAUAAUAUUACAAGAAAAAGUCGCUAUAUUUCAAGAAUCAAGUUGUAAUUUUACGAGAAGUUAUAAUCUUUGAGAAAAAAGUUGUCAUAAUUCGAGUUUCAAGUCAUAACUUUAAAAAAGCUGACUUCUUUUAUGUACAUUUGACUUUUUAUUCUAGAAAUAUUGCGACUUUAUUCUCAACAUUUUUUUCUUCCUCUAACCUCGGCCCCAAUACUCCAUUGUAAUUUACACUGCAUGUACCUGUUAUUCAUUUAUGUUAAACACAUCUGGUCAUUGAACUAUGAUGCUAUCACCUUGAUUCCUAAUUAUGAUAAAUUGUUACAAAAAGAUUGUUGUAAAACCAUAAAUCAAAAGAAACAUGCCUGUAAAUGCUGAGAUGUAGUUUAAUCUAAUUUAACACGACAGAAUUAAAACAUGUUGCAAGCACCAUAACUGCAUAAUUUCA